AAUAAUGAAUCCUUUUUACGCUCAGAUUCUUCUUCAUCUCCUCUGCUUCCUCAGCUUAUCGUUCAGCCAUCUCCACCCGCUCGAUCCUCUGAAGCCCUCCGAAAUCUGCGCCAUCCGCACCAUAAUCAAAUCUUCCCUUCUUGGCUCCUCGGAUUCGCCCUUCGGCUUCCACUACGUCGGUCUCGACGAACCCGACAAAUUAGCCGUUCUAUCAUGGCAGUCAGACCCCUCUUCCCAUCCGCUCCCUCCCCGCAGGGCAUUCGUAAUUCUGCGCGCCGGUGGCCAAACCCAUGAGCUAUACAUCGACGUCGCCAACAACUCUAUCGCAUCACAUAGCAUCCACUUGGGAAGCGGCUACCCGAUGGUCAAUUUGGAGGAACAGAGCGCGGUAGCAUUGCUUCCCUUCAGCUAUAGCCCCUUUGUUGAGUCUGUGAAGAAGAGAGGGGUUGAGCUAAGGGAGGUAUUAUGCACCACCAACAGCGUGGGGUGGUAUGCGGAGAGGGUUUAUGAUGGGAGGAGGGUGAUGAAGCUUCAGUGCUUUGUGGCGGGGGGAACUGUCAAUGUUUACAUGAGGCCACUCGAAGGGAUUACAAUUUUGGUGGAUUUGGAGGCUAUGGAAAUUGUGGAGUAUAAGGACAGAUUUGUUGUUCCGGUGCCGGUGGCGGCGGGCACGGAUUACAGGGCUUCAACGCAGAUACCGCCCUAUGGGCCUAGAGGGAAUCGGGUGGUGGUGGCACAGCCAGAGGGCAAGGGUUUUACGAUUCAGGGCAACUUGGUAAGAUGGGCGAAUUGGGAGUUUCACGUUGGCUUUGACGCCCGGGCUGGUCUGGUUAUCUCCCUUGCAUCAAUUAGCAAUGAAGAUAAUAGCAGAUAUCAUAGUGUUCUGUACAAAGGUUUUGUCUCGGAGCUUUUCGUUCCCUAUAUGGAUCCAUCAGAGGAAUGGUAUGACAAGACAUUCUUCGAUAACGGAGAGUACGGAUUCGGGCCGUACUCAUCUUCUCUUAAACCAACGAUCGACUGCCCAACCAACGCCGAAUAUAUGGAGGGCUAUUAUGCCAAUGGCGAUGGCUCACCGGUGCGCAUUCCCAAUGUCUUCUGCAUCUUUGAACGAUAUGCAGGGGAUACUUCCUGGCGUCAUACGGAAAUUAUGCUUCCAGAAAUAGUAAUCACGGAAGCUAGAGAGGAGGUGAGCUUAGUGGUGAGGACGGUGACCACAUCAGGGAAUUACGAUUACGUCUUCGACUGGGAAUUCAAGACCAGUGGCUCCAUCAAAGUUUUGGCUGGGCUCACAGGAUUGCUUCAGAUCCGUGCCACAGAUUACACUCAGUUCGAUCAGAUUAUCACCGAGCAACAUGGAGAAUUAGUGGCACCCAACACUAUAGGCGUUUACCACGACCACCAUGUUACCUACCACCUUGACCUCGACGUCGCCGGCCCAGUAAACUCUUUCGUUAAGGCCAGCCUCCACACAGUGAGAUCAAAAGAUGAAACCACACCGAGGAAGAGCUACUGGACCGUCAUCAAAGAGACGGCGAAGACCGAGGCCGACGGUCGGGUGAAGCUUAGCGCAGAACCACCAGCCGAGCUGCUGGUAGUGAACCCUGGAGUGAAGACUAGACUUGGCAACGCGGUUGGCUACCGACUGAUCAGCAGUGGCGCGGCAGCUACGUCUCUUCUGACAGAUGAUGACUAUCCUCAAAUAAGAGCAGCUUAUUCAAAGAAGCAAUUGUGGGUGACGCCAUAUAAUAAGAGCGAGAAGUGGGUUGCUGGACUCUAUACAGACCAAAGCCGCGGCGAGGACAACUUGGCAGCGUGGAGCAUGAGGAACCGACCCAUUGAAAAUACAGAUAUUGUAUUGUGGUAUACAAUGGGCAUCCAUCACAUUCCCAGCCAAGAAGAUUUUCCAUUAAUGCCAAUGUUGACAUGUGAUUUUGAGCUUCGUCCAUUCAAUUUCUUUGAGAGGAAUCCAUUGAUCAAUACUAAACCUUUCAAUAAUGGAUAUUGGGCCAAUUAGAAGGUUGACAAUUGCAAAUUCACAGAGGUAACAUACGAGGUUUAGCACCACUGUUUGAUUAGUGUGUUAGUUCCAUGCCGUAUUUCAACUAUUUUUAUCCAUGUUUUACAAUUUUUGUCUGUCGCAGCUCUAUUUAAGAUGCCAUUAUCUUCCCUAGAUC